UGCAGCCAGAUAUCUUAGUGCUGUUGGCAGCAAACGAAAGACGAGCUGGCUUCUUUUGCCUCGCUCUAACAAGACGGCUGGAUGAUGCGCAGACACGGGACCCUGGUCACAGCGGCAGAAUGACGCGUCGUGGUUGGACAAUCGCACAAGGACGGUCUGCACACCUUGCUUCGGAGCUCACCCGAAUGCCUCCAGGGUCCAUCUUGGGAAACAAUUCGAAGCUCGUUCAUGGUUUUCCACGGCGAAUUGUAGGUACCAGGCAGCGCGAUAUACCAGUACAAAGCAUCUGGCGAAACAUGCAGCUCUGCACCACGGGUCUGUUGGCCGAAAGGGAUCCGAAGAGUCAGCUACCGCAACAAAAGUGGCGGGAAACCACCUCCGAGCUCCACGCUAAAGGGAUCGAGAGAGGCCCGGGCUUAUGCACUGUGCGCCAUUGCCGUCCUCAUGAUCGUUCCCUUUAUAUACCGCCCUACUCCCUCCAGCCUCUCCGACCGCACUCACGCUCGCUGUUGAGAAUUGUUCUUCUUUGGAAACUCUCACCUCAUCAAAAGUUUAGUUUGCCAACCGUCUGUCGCUGACCGCCUCCUCUUUUAAUCUCUUGGUGUCCAAGCAGGCAAAGAAUACUGGUGUGACCAGAACACGGCUCAAUGCCCGCUCAUCUGCCUUC